AUCUGCAGAUCUUCGCUCUUAAGAUUCCAACCACGACUUCGUUGGGUUUCACUGCUUAACCAAAAAAAUCCCUUUUCCAUACAAGCUUACUGGGUUUUGCUUUUUCCGCUGAACAAAGAAAAUCGAGAAAAGCUUAUUCCUGGAAGGAGUAUAUAUUUAGCAUAUAUAGAUACAUCGUAGAAGAGCAUAUCCCAAGUCAUAUAAUACAUAUUAAAUUCAUUGUUUGAUUUUCUGUUUCUUUGUAUAUUUUAAGGCCACGAGACUAUUUUAUUGCAUAAAGCUCUUUAAAUUCAAAGACUUUUGAUAAUCAUCUGACUUGUUAUAUACAUUUGUGUGGAGUUGUGUGUUCCCUCUCACCACCUGCAACUUUUCAUUCUGACAAAUUGGCUUUUUCUGCGUCGUUUGGUGAAUCUGAAGAGAAAAUCUGAUUGAGAAGAAAUUCUUGUUUGAUAACGAUAUGGCUAUAAAGGCAAAUGGGUUUGUGAAAGGGUGUCUAUCUGAGGAAUUGAAGAAGCUAAUUCGAUCUGUGGCUGCUUCCCACUAUGGUGAUGUUCUUGAUGAUACGGAUUUAUUGCAGAUCCUUCCCUUGAAGGGGGCUAUGACUAAUGAGGUUUUUCAAAUAACUUGGCCAACAACACAUGUAGAUUGUUCUAGGAAAGUAUUGGUCCGAGUUUAUGGUGAAGGAGUUGAUGUUUUCUUCGAUAGGGAAGAUGAAAUUCGCACCUUUGAGUACAUUUCCAAACAUGGUCAGGGACCUCGUCUUCUGGGGAGGUUCGCAGAUGGAAGGAUAGAGGAGUUUAUUCAUGCCAGAACACUUUCAGCUGCUGACCUCCGUGACCCUGAAAUAUCUGCUCUUAUAGCGGCUAAAUUGAGAGAGUUCCACAGUAUAGAGAUGCCAAAUUCAAAGAAUGUGCGCCUGUGGAACACAUUGAGGAAAUGGCUUCCUACAGCAAAGAGUUUGUGUACCGAAGAAGACACCAAAGAAUUCUGCUUAAAUACUCUGGAGGAGGAAAUCAAUAUGCUCGAGAAAGAAUUGUAUGAUGAUUCUCAACAAAUUGGGUUUUGCCACAAUGACUUGCAGUAUGGCAACAUAAUGAUGGAUGAGGAAACAAGAUUAAUCACCAUCAUUGAUUACGAGUACUCCAGUUACAAUCCCAUUGCUUAUGACAUUGCAAAUCAUUUCUGUGAAAUGGUAGCAAAUUACCAUUCAGAGACACCUCAUGUUUUGGAUUAUAGCAAGUAUCCAGAUCUGGAGGAGCGCCAAAGAUUUGUCAGGAUAUAUCUGAGCUCUGCAGGCUAUGAACCUAGUGACACUGAAGUUGAGCAACUACUCAAUGAUGUGGAGAAAUACACUUUAGCAAACCAUAUCUUUUGGUGUUUGUGGGGAAUCAUUUCAAAUUAUGUGAAUGUUAUUGACUUCGACUACAUGGAGUAUGCAAGACAGAGGCUUCGACAGUACCAGUUGAGAAAGCAAGAAUUGUUGGGCUCUCCAGGCGUUUCUCCUUGAUGAAUACUCAAAGAGGGGAGCUUCAUAGCAGCCAUUUUAAGGGGGCUGAUAUAUUAUAGUGUGACAGCAAUCAUAGCAUAGUAUGAUGAGGCUUGUAAAUAAACCCACUUCUCUUUCUGGGCAAUGACUGUAAAUUUGUUAAGGUUUCGGCAAUGUUUUAUGAUAUCAAAUGUCAUUUUGUUUUGACAUAAUAAGCCUGUAAGGGAUAUAUAUAUAUAUAUAUUUAAAUAUAUAUUGACAUAUCCGUUUU